AUGGCCUUUGUCAAGCAGUCGUCCAGCAACCAGGGCAUGAUGCAUGGCGGCGACCACUCAUUGAGUCUGCCGCAGACCAACGGCAACGAAGCUGGGCCGUCGAACGGCGCCAGCGGACAGAAUCAGGGGGCAGCCAGUGAAGAGAACAGCAUUAUUGCCGGCGUCGCUGGCAUUGUACCAACACUACAGAACAUUGUGGCCACAGUCAAUCUCGACUGUCGGCUCGACCUAAAGACCAUUGCACUGCACGCCCGUAACGCCGAGUACAACCCCAAGCGUUUUGCGGCUGUUAUCAUGCGAAUCCGCGAGCCCAAGACGACAGCGCUCAUUUUUGCCUCGGGAAAGAUGGUCGUCACGGGUGCAAAGUCCGAGGACGACUCCAAGUUGGCGGCGCGCAAGUACGCGCGUAUCGUACAGAAGCUCGGGUUCCCGGCAAAGUUUACAGACUUUAAGAUCCAGAACAUUGUCGGGUCCUGCGACGUGAAGUUCCCGAUCCGUCUCGAGGGCCUGGCAUACACACACGGAAACUUCUCCAGCUACGAGCCCGAGCUGUUCCCGGGUCUGAUCUACCGCAUGGUCAAGCCCAAGAUUGUGCUGCUCAUUUUUGUGUCGGGCAAGAUUGUGCUGACGGGCGCAAAAGUACGAGAUGAGAUCUACCAGGCGUUCGCCGCCAUCUACCCUGUACUGACUGAGUUCCGGAAGCCCUAA